ACCGCAGAGACCAUGAAGACCAGCGGCAGCUCGAGGAGUACAGAUUCACCUGCAGACGACUGAGUGAAGAGGCAGCAUGGCAGGGGGUCGGAGGGGACUUGUGGCCCCGCAGAAUACUUUUUUGGAGAAUAUUGUGAGACGGUCCAACGUUUGGACACUGUCACAUAAACAGACAGAUACCAACUUUGUCCUGGGAAACGCUCAGAUAGUAGACUGGCCCAUCGUCUACAGCAACGAUGGUUUCUGCAAGCUGUCGGGGUAUCACAGAGCAGAGGUGAUGCAGAAAAGCAGCACCUGCAGCUUCAUGUACGGGGAGCUCACGGACAAGGACACGACGGAAAAAGUGCGACUAACAUUUGAGAAUUAUGAGAUGAAUUCGUUUGAAAUACUGAUGUAUAAAAAGAACAGGACGCCGGUGUGGUUUUUUGUGAAGAUUGCUCCAAUACGAAACGAACAAGAGAAGGUGGUCCUGUUUCUUUGUACGUUCAGUGACAUCACAGCCUUUAAACAGCCCAUUGAAGACGAUUCCUCUAAAGGCGAGAAAAGAGUGGUUCCGGGUUGGCAGUACCGCACCAAGGCCAAUAAUAGAAGGCAGGGGCAAGCACACAAGUACUUCCAAGAAUAG